CCCGAUGGCACCGCCCGGGUGCCGCAGCGCCUGAGACCCCGCUACCCGCCUGACCCUUCCAAAGGUGCAGCCCGCACUCCCCGUCCUCCCGCACCACCCCGCCCCAUCUCCAGCAGGAAAGGAGCCCCUCUCUCUCCGCUCGGCCCCCUCUCCCCCGGUUUCUCCCGUAUCUCUCUUCCCGCCGGCUCCUAGGAAAGAGGAGAAGAUGCGAUUCGCGCCGCCGGGGCUCCGGCUCGCCCAGCUCCUCGCGUGCAUCUACUGGAGCUGCCUGUGGCCUGCCGGCUGCCAGCAGCAGCAGCCGCUGCGCCGGGAUCCCCCGCCGCCCCCCGCCGGCUGGAGGCAGCGGAUCCAGUGGGAGAACAACGGGCAGGUGUACAGCCUGCUCAGCCUGGGCUCCCAGUACCAGCCCCCGCGGCGCAGGCAGGCGGCGGAGGCGGCGGGCAGCCCCAUCCUGCUGCUGCGGAACAACGGGACGGUGCUGCCCCGCAGAGCCGCCACCCGCGCCGCCGCCGCGCAGCCACAGCCCCCGCCCGCCGCCGGCACCCGGGGCGGCUCCGGUGCUCGGCACUGGUUCCAGGCCGGCUACCAGCCUUCCUCCGGAGGCCGCGCCGCCGCCGGGCAGCGGAGCCAAGCGCUCGCCACCCCCGCGGCCAGGAGCGCCUCCUCGGGGGCGCCGCGACCCAGCGCCCCCGCCAGCCCCGCCGGCGGCACCGGCACCGACGGCAACGGGAGCAGCACCAGGGCCGGCGGGCUGCCGCCCCUCGGCAGCUUCAGGCCCGGGCGGGAAGAUGUCAUGGUAGGAGACGACCCCUACAACCCCUACAAGUACACAGACGAUAACCCCUACUACAACUAUUACGACACCUACGAGAGGCCCCGCCAGGGCAGCAGGUACAGACCCGGCUACGGCACUGGCUACUUCCAGUACGGUCUCCCUGACUUAGUCCCGGAUCCCUAUUACAUCCAGGCGUCCACAUAUGUCCAGAGAAUGUCCAUGUAUAACUUGAGAUGUGCUGCCGAGGAGAACUGCUUGGCAAGUUCAGCUUAUCGAGCAGAUGUCAGAGACUAUGACAAUCGGGUGCUCCUGAGAUUCCCCCAAAGAGUGAAAAAUCAAGGCACAUCAGAUUUUCUGCCCAGCAGACCCCGUUAUUCAUGGGAGUGGCAUAGCUGUCACCAACAUUAUCACAGCAUGGAUGAAUUCAGCCACUAUGACUUGUUGGAUGCGAGCUCACACAGGAAGGUUGCUGAAGGACACAAAGCAAGUUUCUGUCUUGAAGAUACCUCCUGUGAUUAUGGAUAUUAUAGGCGGUAUGCAUGUACAGCACAUACACAGGGUCUGAGCCCUGGCUGUUAUGACACUUACAAUGCUGACAUAGAUUGCCAGUGGAUUGAUAUUACAGAUGUAAAACCUGGAAAUUACAUUCUGAAGGUGAGUGUAAACCCUAGCUAUUUGGUGCCUGAAUCCGAUUACUCCAACAAUAUAGUGCGCUGUGAUAUACGCUAUACAGGCCACCAUGCAUAUGCCUCUGGCUGCACAAUUUCACCAUACUGAGAAAGGUACAAGAAAAUGGAUGAGAUGGUGCCAAAUGUUUUGAACUGAAGUAUCAUUAUAUAAACUUCAAUAGGAUGCGAACACUAUAGAAACAAAACUACAGAACAUACAUACAUACAUACAUACACUCACACACCUUAUGUGAUUUCGAAGCACUCCAGCAGCUUCUCAACCAAAACUUUACUGGAGUUUAAGAAUUUAAAUUGGCAUUACUUGUAUUACUAUCGAAAUGUGUGGAACUGGUGAUUAAUGCACAGAUAUUUUACAUUUUGAAAACCUAACUCAUUCAUAAAAACCUGACUAUGUCUUAGCUCCUUGAAAUUUGGAGUUUAGAUGAUAAUAGGCUUCAUUGGUAAUAUAACUGGUGAAUGAGUUGAACAUAUUUUAAAAGGUAGAAAAAAAGUAUGCAAUAUGAAUCAAAUAAAAUGCAAGAGAAAGUACUAAUGUCAGCUAUCUCAGAAAAUACCAUAAUGAAAAACAGCUUAAGAGUAAUGAUACAGUACCAUUAAAAGUACUUGCUAGAACACAUUGAUAUGAAUGAGAGAAGUAUGUUCAGUUUUCAAGGAAUAUUAACGUAUAGCAGAGAAAUACAUAUAUAUCAUAUAUAUCAGUUAUACCCCUGCAAGAAAAGUUACGUUUACAUUUUUAAUACAUUAGAAGUUUUUCCAUUUUCUUAAGUGAAGAACAGAUGGGGUUUUGAAAUACACCUUUCCUCUGUGAAAAUUAAUUAAAAAACUUACCCACCUUUCUAUAUUCAAGAGAUUUUUCAAGGUGGGGCUUUUAAAAGACUUCCGCAAAAUUAAUGCGGAUAAAAAUAACAGCUGUCCAGAAAUGGGUUCUUGGAGAUGAAGAAGAGCCCCUGAUGUGGUCAUCUGUGAAAAAAAUUCAACUUGCACAGAUUAACCAUCAAAAUAAUACUGGCAAUUAACUCAGGUGGCACCACAAAGAGAAGUAGGUCAGAAUCUUAAUGAAGUACUUUUAGUGUGAAAAAGCCUACUACCUGCUUCCCCCUUAAGUACUGUAGUUGACUUUAAAAAUGUGUAUCUCAGUAUUCAAAAUAACAAAGUUGAAAAUAUACUAUAUAGAGAGGGAGAACAAAAGUCAGUGUAAUAACUUCCUACUUUAGGCUAUUCAGGAACCAAAUACAACAUUGUUAAGGGGAAAAACUUCAAGCUCAAAUUAAUGUUUUUUUUGAACUGCUUAACUGGUGCUGGGUACACUACUCCUCCUCCUCCCAUCCCAAAAUUAUUUUGCUUUUGCAGUGCACCCUGCUGUAAGCUACAGUAGCUGUGAUUUUUGUUUUAAACUGUGAAAUGACAUAUCACAAGGGGAUCUGGUGUUUUUUUCAGAAGAUUUCUGAUCAUGUAAAAUAAGGAUCUACCUUUGAAACAAUGGAACCUAGAAAUAUUGAUUGGCAUUGGUUAAAUGUGAUCAGUUCAAAACACCUAAUAAAACAUGGAAAGCUCAAUAUAUUAAAAAAAAUUGAAAAACAGCUGUGCUAUUGAAAAUAGUUAAAAAUUUAAAAAUCUGAGGAGUAUGGAGUAUUUUUUGUUAUCACUACAUUAUCACUGAGAAUAUUUCAGGCAGUAUUUGGAAAUAUUUUAUGCAUUGGAACCCUACAGAUUUAAUUUGGAUGCUUGAUGAAUUGCCAUAAUAUCCUUUAAGGAUCAGCUGUUCUUUAGUACAUAUAUUUAUUUCCUGAUUAUAAAGUAUUUCCAUCUUAAUCAUAACUCGGUUACAAAUUUGCACAACUAGAACUUAAAAAGGACCUAAGAACCAGCAACCUGGUGAUUACUACCCACCAGUGGGAGAGGGUGUAGAAUGAAUACCAUUUAUACCUGCAGGUCCCUUUUUGUUUGGUGCGAGAUCCAUUUUGUCAAUCAGUAACCAGUAUGGGCAAUGAACAGAAGCAAAAUUCAGACUCGAUUUAUUAGAAAGCCAUUUGUUACAUAUGUCUGCAAAAAUGAGGGCAUGUUCAAAGUUUAGGCUUCUGAAAUCUCAGCCCAAAGAGCUUUUAAGUUUAAGAGGUGUUGAGGGAUGCAAGCGCAUUCAUCUUUCUAUAGACUUAGGUCAAAACUGGGGUGAAAGUCCUGAGAGGAGCUUGGGCAAUGGACACAAAAGCUAGUGAAUGGAAGCCAGGCUGUGGGCAUGAGCUGCUUCCUGGCAAGAGGUUGUGUGCUUGUACCUCAUUGUGCCUGAUGCUGAAUGUGGGAUAUGAGAACACUAACAGGGAACAGAGCAGCCGCAGAAAGCGAGGUUAUCCCCUGGCUCAUGAGGCAGGAACCUGCUUACAUGUCUGUACCCAAACUACUUGCAGAACUCCACUGAAGUCAGCAAGCAGCCAGAAGGCCUUGAGCAUCUGUGUAGGUGGAGUAAGUGGAAAUGGCCUGGUUCAGAAAGGUGUUGAACGCUGUAACUUUGAAUCUUGGGGAUAUUGUAGCUACAAAAAUGUAGCUUUUUUUUCCGUAGCAAAAUAUUGUAUUUGUUUUUAAAUGUGUGUUAAGCAACAUUACAUUGAUGUACAAUAGCACAAAAACUGCCUAAGAUAACAUGAACAGUCUAUUUAGAAAAACAGGGGAUUUUAGGAUUAAAAAAAAAAAAAGGAAUGUGACUUUAACCCUGUCUAUGGUAAAUCACAAUGCAGUAGAAGAGUUUAUUAUAUAGCAUGUACAGAAGUAGUUCUAAAUAGGGGAGCGCCAACCAGUAUUUUCAGUAUCUUGGCUCUGCAGAUUUGACCCAGACACCUUAACUUACUUUUUUCAUACUGGAAAAUAAUUAUGGGAUUAUGUGCAUUUUUGUUGAAAAAAAGUCUAUAAAACUGUUUUGAUAAAAGCUUUUAUUUUUACAGCAAAUUAUAUUUGGAUUCCAUUUCACAAGACAUUGGGUUGAUUCCCAUCAUCUUUGAAAGGCAUCUUGCCAUUGGUAGGAGAAAAAUCAGAUUUAGAUUUUGAGAGAUUUCUAGUAUAAAUUUGCUGUCUUGCAGUCUCAAAUUUCUUCUGAAAAGUCAGAUUGUAAAAAUGUAUGUGAACCAAUUACCUCCCACAUUUCAAAUCUUAACAUAAAAAUUACAUAUAAGGAAUAUGUUGUAUGUCAGGUUCAUUACAGGAGGGGUUUGUUAUAUAUUUUUUUUUUUAAUCCUGAAACACAUUUGAUAUUUGCAUAUUUCUAGACAAAAGUGUAACAAAAAUGACAGAUUGGUCACCAAUGGAACCAACAUAUUGUGUAGAUUAUGUUUUUGUGUUACUAAAGUCUACUCAUUUUCUCUCUGCUCCAGAGUUUACUGUGCAGUGUUGAAUGAGUGCAAACACCAAAUGUACCUUCUUAUAGUCAUUCAUGUAUUGUUUGCAGUGUGCUCAUUCAAAACCAGUGGGGUGAGUUUCAUAAAUGAGACAUUGAAAAGUGGUUUAUCCUGUGUCUCACACUUAUGCCGACAAGGCAUUUUCAUUUUCUCCAAAUCCUAAAAGGUGCUGAAAGAUUUUAACUUGAAUUAAAACCAAAGAGUAUGUUAUUGGGAGGUUUUUAUUAUGCAACUAAUGCUACAGAUACAGUGAAAUGCCACUUGUUUUUGCAACUUUUUAGAAGGUUUUUUGUUAUUUCCUUCACCUUUCUUCCAAGAGUCUUAAUUUCAGUAACUUUGCAUCUUUACCUGAAGAGCUCUAAUUUAUAAUAUUCAGGCACUAGCUUUGUAUUCUUCAUUGCACUUUCAUAUUCUUGUGUUACAUGCCUGUAUUAUGGUUGCAAGUUUAUGUGAAAAUGACUUGAAUAAAAUGUUUCAAGCGUUC